AUGCUAGAGCAAAAACAGAAAAAAUUGCAUGCUGUUUGCACCGAGUGCAGUAGGGCUGUACUCAGUUAUCUAGCAACACUAUGCACUCUCUGCCUGGCAGCUAUAUGCCUACUAGCAGUUCGCGUGUCUAGAAGGAGUGCUCGAGCACGCUCUGGCAGGCCCACUUCUGCAAAGGCAGCUAGAAGGACAGAAAGACCCAAUACACACAUAGAAAGUACAUUAGAGGGUCAGAAAGAGACCAGAGAGGAGAGUAUCAGUGAGAUGGAAGAACCGUAUAAAACAGAUGUCACUAACAGCAUAACCACUGCGAAGGACGUGUGUGCAUGCGAUAUACA